GUAAAUAGGGAAGUUUCACAAAACAAAGUAAAGUUAUAUAACUACGAAUUGGAUCCUUUAAACGUCAAGCCGUUUAAAGAAAGGUGGCCGAUAGGCUGCUCAACUUCUAUUUACCAAGAGGCUAGGAAGAAGAAUUAACUUCCUCGCGAAAGUUGUUCCAAUAAGCUGGUACUUCAGAAACGGCGUACAGAUCCUGCGGUAAAAAGACCAACAAAAGGCAAGUGGUAGGUUUUGUGCAGCGAAUUUGCAGUUUUGUCGAGUCAUCCCGAUGCAAGUUUUUCAGUGCCUCGUGUAGAUUAUCUGACAGAUAUAGUGGAGGACGCAAAAAAGGAAACAGCUGUCUUGAUGAAAUGGAACUGAAUAUAUCACUAACCGAAAAUGAUAAAGCAAGGACGGGGUUUAUAGACUGAAGCUUUUUGCACUAGUGACGUACAAAACCGAGGAAAACUUUUGUUUAUGGUGUUCUGUUUUUAAACGUUUUGCCACUCAGUGUCGCGGUUAACAGGCAGGAACUAACUGAACAGAGAAGCCAUUCCGCAGCCUUUCACAAGAUGACUGCUGAGGAGGCAGACAUUGUACAAGCGUUUGUUUUGGGAUUAUUUACAACAGUAGCCGUGCUAGGUAAUAUUAUAGUUUGUGUCAUAGUGUAUAAGCACCGUUGGAUUUUGCAUCCAACAAAUGACUUUGUAAUAAGUUUAGCUUUGUUAGAUAUUCUGACAGCGGUUAUUCCGCUGCCUUUAACCAUUUGCGUGUUUAUAGGCGGGCCGGGUUGGAUGUUUGGCAAAGCGACCUGUUCUGUCGACGCAUUUUUCAACGAUUUUGCUAAAUACGCAUCCAUCUGUACUCUGUGUUUCAUCGCCAUCCAACGUUAUUACAGGUUUCUUAAACCACUCGAAUGCAACGAAACAUUUACCCCUGGAUAUACUUUGACCAUUUCAAUUUGUAUCUGGAUCGGGUCGUCCCUAUUUGCUGGGUUACCCGUAAUGGCGGGUUGGGCUGACUAUACUUUCAGUUACGAGUAUCUAGGUUGCUGGAUUACCUACAAUCAAGACCUCCAACAAUCCGUUUGGAAUACAUGCAUCUUGUUGCUCAAGAUUAUUCCCACGUUUUUAACUUUUUAUUGUUAUCGCGUCAUUUACGGUGCCAUCCGCAGGAGCAGUCCUCGUGUCCGUAGCAUUUCUCGCGUCAGGGGUAAUUCUGGCGUCAUCGAAGCAAACGUGGAGUUUUUAAACAGCACGAAAAAGUACCGUCUUACUAAAACGUUCCUCGUCAUUUCAAUCGUGUUUGUAGUUAGUUGGCUUCCCCCGUCAAUCAUUUUCGUAAUCGACCAGUUGUUAUCACUCCACCUGACCCUCAUUGGCUCACGUAUUUUACGGUUUUCUACGGCAGUGGCGUUGGCAAGCAAAGUGUUUAUUUAUGGCUGGGUCAAUCGGCCUUUUCGAAGAGAGUUGUUCAACCUUUUUUGAAGCUUUGAACCAAGGCAACUUCGAGAAUUAAUGCGACACAAACACUAAGCUGAAAUUCUACCCGAGUUCGCCAGAGUUAAGAAUUCCCAGAAUAUGGAACUGCAUGCUAAAUAAUUAGCUAUUAGAAUAAUAGAGAGGCCUGCGAUAACUGAAUCAUACGAAAUAGCUAGUAUAGUCACGUAAAAUGUUCGGAAAAUCGGAAAAUGUGUUUUUUUAUCGGCCACGAGUUUGUCAAUACUUCUUUGCUAUAUAACACUUUGAUCAGGCUGAAAACAGCUUGUUUACCGUAAUUACUAAAACCGUUUGAAGCUUCAUAAAACUCUUUUUAUUAUCCUUGCUGCAUUAAUCCACCGUAGGAAAAAAGAUGGCGGCUGUACAUUUUACCACAAUACCUUGCGAACCUAACACAGCCUGUAAGGCACAAAGAAAGCUAGAUUUUUUCAAUUUUUGUCCCUGUACGAAGGACAUUGUUUAUGCUAGGUUUGAAGGCUUUGUAACUCUUCUGUACGUUUUUAUGAAAGUUGUUAAGGUUUUCGUGCGUUAAGAACGAUGGGUAAAUGUACCAAUCGCCAUCUUCUUUCCUACGGAGGAUUAGAGAUGCUAUUUUAAAACUCGUAGAGAUGCCAUCAUGUUAGCCUUGUUAAAGUUGUCGGAAUGUUAAUUAAUGUAGGUGUUUUAAACGAAUAUAGGUUUUGUAUAACGGUAAAACUGAGUGCAGUUACUUAUUGCAGUCUUUUGUAUUUUUUAGCAGUUUCGAGUUACAGCGAAUUUAAUAAUGUUGUAAAGCUGAUCACAACAAAAGCUCAUGAAAAGGUAAAUAAAUAUUGUCUGAGAUCUGUGGAUGUUACCAAAUCAAA